GACGCGUUCAAAACAACCGUCUGAGAGCCCAAGCUCCCAUAUAUAAACGAGGCGGCCGUUCCUCACGUUCCUCAAACCUCCGACCCAGUCGACCCUCCAACGUUGAACGCAUAGUCCGUUCAUCCCAACCCCCCGUGAUCCACAUCCCCAUUACCCACGCCACAGCUCCCCAAAAAUGUCCUCAAUGGACGCCCUCCUCCCCGCCCGCAUCUCCCCGCGCAUCACCAUCCGCCAUUUUCAACCCGGCGACGAACCGCGCCUCCUGCAAAUCGCCAACAACCCCAACAUCGCCCGCAACCUCACCACCAUGUUCCCGCACCCCUACACACUCGCCGACGCCGAAUUCUGGGUCGCUGCCAACCGGCUCAAAACAUCGCCGGAGGAUACGGGGCCGGCUGUACCUCGCCAACGGCAUUUCUCAUACGCGGUUGAGAUUGAUGGGCAAUUGGGUGGGGCUGGCGGGUUUACCCUCCUGGGCGAUUACCGCGCCCGGACGGCAGAGAUCGGGUACUGGCUCGGUGAAGAGUACUGGGGCCAAGGGAUCGCGACGGCGGUGGCGGCGUGGGUGGUGGAGAGUGUGAGGGCGACGCAGGGGGACGUGGUGAGGGUGGAGGCGGCGGUGUUUGAGGGGAAUGAAGGGUCGAGGAGGGUUUUGGAGAAGUGUGGGUUUGUGAGGGAGGGGAUUCAAAGGGCGGCGGGGUAUAGGAAGGAGAGGGGUGUGUUUGAUGUGUGGAUGAUGGCGUUGGUGUGGGACGAUCGGGUUGAGGCGGAGAGGACGGAGGCGAGAGAAUAGGCGCUGCUUGCAAGCCGAUGCUGGUAAAUCACCGAGGGAGCCUUCUGCCUACGGCCGCCGACGUUCGCUUUCCACCAGAAACCCUCAACUAGAUCAUAGAACAUCACGGCGUAUGUACCGUAGACCCCGGUGGGAUACACUCCCGGAGUGUAUUAUCAUCAAAAAAUGUAGGCUUCCAUAGACAACUAAUCAAGAUAUUUCCAGCAAUACAUCAGAAGAAAGGACGACCGGCCGUCGCCUGCAGGGAUUUGAUGACAUAUUGCUUAUGGAUGUGUGCAUGCUUUGGACGGAGGAAGGGCUGCCCUCGGCAAAAAUUC